UUUUUCAUUUGCUUUCUCACAAAUUUCUCUUUUAAUAAAAUCAUGGCAUUACCACUUCUCUCAAUUUUCCUUUUUUCAUCUCUAACCUUAUUUUCUCUUACGGAAUCCAAACUCAAUAUCGACUAUUACAACAAAACAUGUCCUCAAUUUGAUAAAAUCAUCCAACAAAUCGUCGUCGAUAAGCAGCUCGCGGCCCCCACCACCGCGGCUGGGGCCCUCCGCCUCUUCUUCCACGAUUGCAUGGUGGGAGGAUGUGACGCGUCGUUGUUGAUUUCCUCAAAUUCUUUCUCCCAAUCAGAGCGUGACACGGAUAUCAACCUCUCCCUCCCGGGGGACGCUUAUGAUGUUGUCACACGUGCAAAAACCGCAUUAGAACUACAAUGCCCUGGCAUUGUAUCUUGUGCAGAUAUUUUAGCUGUUGCAACUCGUGACUUGAUUACAAUGGUUGGAGGUCCAUUUUACUCGAUUCGCCUAGGGCGAAAAGAUAGCUUUGAAUCAUACGCAAAAGAUGUUGAAGGACAUAUUGCUAGGCCCAACAUGACUAUGGACACAAUAAUCAAUAUGUUUGCAUCAAAAAAUUUAAAUGUACAAGAAAUGGUGGCAUUAAUGGGUGCACAUACUAUAGGAUUCUCUCAUUGUUCGGAAUUUAGUAAGAGAUUAUUCAAAUUUAGUCAGACUUCAGAAUCUGAUCCUACUAUGAACCCUACAUAUGUACAAGCGCUACAAACCUUAUGUGGGAAUAACACGAAGGAUAUGGCUGCGUUCAAUGACGUUAUGACACCUGGCAAAUUCGAUAACAUGUAUUACAUAAACUUGCAAAAGGGGCUAGGGUUAUUAGCAUCUGAUCAAGCUAUGAUUUAUGACCAAAGGACAAAGCCAUUUGUGGAGCUUUAUGCAAAGGAUCAAGAUGCAUUUUUCAAGGCAUUUACACAUGCAAUGGAGAAAGUAAGUGUUUAUCAAGUUAAAUUAGGGAAAAUGGGAGAGGUGAGACGUAGAUGUGAUGUUGUGAAUCAAUUACUAGUAAAUCCCAACAAGAAAAUUGGUGGUUAAUUAAUUAAUUAGGUUGAUUAUAAGGAUUAUCAUCUAAGACAUGUUUUAGUGUCAAGGUGUUUUUGGAUUAUAAUAUGUAUAGUUUCCAUAGAACAUGAUAUGUAUUAUUAUGUUCCAAUGUGAAUAUUUUUGACCUCUUGUUAUAAUUUCUACAUUUGGCUAUAGAAAAUGUCUGCAUUGUGUAAGAAUUAAAGACUAGAGUCCAUUGUGACAUUUUUUCAUUAAAUCAUUGAUCUCGUAUUUAUAUAAAGAUGAAUGUAUUGAUCGGAAA